CCAACACAUCUUGUGAAGUGUUUAUCAGAAUAGGUGUUUUACUCUGAUUAUAUGUUUAUUUUUUCAAUUAAUUUGUUCACUGUAAUCAAAACUUGUUAAUUAACUAUGUUUGAUCAACAGGCAGCUGUGUCUCCAGCAAAACCUCCAGAAAACCCAGAUGAAAAGGUCAAUGAUCCCCUGUACCUGAUGACAUUGACCAUCCCACAACUGUUUUUGAAGCCUCUCCAAGUUAUGUGGGAUGCUACCAUAUUCGGGGUGUUUAAUCAAAACUUCCCGUUGUAUAUAAAGCACGAAGAUCUCUCUGAAAUUGCACAUGGUGGUCAAUGUCUCAGCAUAUCUGUUAUACAGUUGUGGAUUCUCCAUCUGAUUGAGACAAGUGUGCGAGCGGGGAAUUCUGAUGUGUAUGGAUUCCUCGAGCCAUAGUCCAUUCAGAGAUCAGGGCAAUCACAAUUUGAAUCCGAAAGUUACAUCAAGAGUUGGAUACAAAGUUCAAAAUGAGAUGCUUACCUUGGAGCCUACUUGAAUGGGUAAGUCAAACACAACAAUUGAAUUUAAAUAAUCUAUACUACUACAAUAACCCAUAUUCGUCUCUACUGCAACGGACACUGGCAAAUGGUCGUCAUUCUGCCUAAGGAAAACCUAGUUGUCUGAUUUUGUUCUUUACAUAACAGGCUAGACAGCUACCUUAAGGGAAUAAUUAACAGUCAGUAUUGUUUUCAAUACAUUUUCAUUGGCAUAA